AUGGCUUCCAGCUCGUCCAACGUCGUCGGCGUCCACUACAGGGUCGGAAAGAAGAUUGGAGAGGGUUCAUUUGGUGUCAUUUUCGAAGGCACCAACCUGUUGAACAACCAGCAGGUUGCCAUCAAAUUCGAACCCCGAAAGAGUGAUGCUCCCCAACUUCGAGAUGAGUACCGAACGUACAAGAUUCUCGUCGGCUGCCCCGGCAUUCCCAAUGUUUACUACUUCGGACAGGAAGGCCUCCACAACAUCCUGGUCAUCGACCUCCUCGGCCCCUCGCUUGAGGACCUCUUCGACCACUGUGGUAGACGCUUCUCUAUCAAGACUGUGGUGAUGGUUGCCAAGCAGAUGCUCUCAAGAGUUCAGACCAUUCACGAGAAGAACCUGAUCUACCGCGACAUCAAGCCCGACAACUUCCUCAUCGGCCGACCCGGCACCAAGGCAUCUAGCGUCAUCCACGUCGUCGAUUUUGGCAUGGCCAAGCAGUACCGUGAUCCCAAGACGAAGCAGCACAUUCCCUACCGCGAGCGAAAAUCCCUUUCUGGAACUGCUCGUUACAUGAGCAUCAACACCCAUUUGGGUCGUGAGCAGUCCCGACGAGACGAUCUUGAGGCCCUCGGCCACGUCUUUCUCUACUUCCUCCGGGGUGGUCUCCCCUGGCAGGGCCUGAAGGCUGCUACCAACAAGCAGAAGUACGAGAAGAUUGGCGAGAAGAAGCAGACCACCGUUAUCAAGGAUCUGUGCGAAGGCUUCCCCGAGGAGUUCUCCAAGUACCUCACCUACGUUCGAAACCUCGGUUUCGAGGACACCCCCGACUACGAUUACCUCCGAGAGCUCUUCACCCAGUCUCUCAAGAACACCGGCGAGGUAGAGGAUGGCGAGUACGACUGGAUGAAGAUCUCGAAGGAUUCGGGAAAGGGAUGGGACUCCAAGAACCACAACGCGUACCUCCACAACCCAAACGUGCGCCCCGGGCCGUCUCAGAUGGAGCUCCACAGCAACCGCCCCGGGAAUACCACCUCUCACCAACAAGCACAAAACCUCACUGUCGGCCGUUUAAACGCCGCGCAACCCCCUCCUCCGUCUCCGAUCAAGCAGAUGGGCAAGCAGAGAGAUCGGCCAAGCGCCCCCGGCGCCUUGUCGGCGCAGCGGAACGGAGCUGGGGGUCUCCGCGAUAUGGCUACCCCGACUGGCUCGACUCAAGCCCAGUUCCAGAACAGCGCGCAGAACCUGCCCCAGCCGAGGACCUCCCAACAGGGCCCGGCGACCCAGCCAGUCCUGCAAAACGGUCGACCCGUUGAUCCUCAGCCCACUGGCUUCCAGAAGCUUAUGAAGACGCUCUGCUGUGGUUAG